AUGUCUUCGCAGGAUUGGGUUCAAAUGCUUUUGAAUCCUUCGCCUUUGGUUUUGAUCAUCACAAUUAUCACAGCCCUUUUAAUACCAAUAUUCCUCCACUCUGUUGUCUUCCGUGCAACGGGUUUCACAAGCUUACCUUCGAUCUUGUUGAUUGGACCAAGCGGCUCAGGAAAGACCGCGCUUCUUACUCUUUUCGAGCGAGAGAAUAAACCUGCCACGACUCAUACUUCUCAAACGACUUCAUCUGCCGAGUGUUCUCUGCCGGUCGAGACAAUAGCUGCUUCAGACAAAUAUCGAUCAGUCAAUGAUCCAGCAAAUCAAGUGCAUAAAAAGUUCAUCUUAAUUGAUACUCCCGGCCAUGGAAAACUACGACAUCAUGCUUUCGAAAACCUUAAAACUUCUCAAAACCUUCGAGGUGUAAUAUAUCAAGUUGAUGCCACUACAUUGGGCGCUGGAGAUGAGGGUUUAAGAGAGGCUGCAGAUUAUUUACACGAUCUACUCCUUCUCAUGCAAAAGCUCAUGGAUGGAAAAACCACUACAAAGGCACCUAAAGAACUGCCAUUACUCAUCGCUGCCAAUAAAAUGGAUCUUUUUACUGCUCUCCCGGCCGCCUUAGUCAAAAGUAGUUUAGAGAGAGAAAUUACCAAAGUUAGAAUUUCGAGAUCAAAAGGUCUACUCGAUUCGGGAAUGUCUACCGAAGAGGACGAAGACAAAGAUGAAUGGCUCGGCGAAAUGGGUUCUAGCGAUUUCAAAUUUUCACAAAUGGAGGAAUUCAACAUUUCUGUUGAAGUAGCUGGUGGUAAUGUAGUUGGAUCCGAUGGUGGAUCAGUUGAUGCUUGGUGGAGAUUUCUUCUUGGUGAUGAGGAAAUAAAAGAGUUGGAGGAUGGAUUGGAUAAGUUUAAUGCUUUGCGAUACACAGUCCAGGAAGCCCAGGUUGGACUUACAAAGAUCCCAACAAAGGCGAGAGUGGAAUUUGAGUUAAGGAAGCUAAAGUUUGCAACAGUGGAUGUCACGAAUGUAGAGAAAAAGACAGAAAACCUGGAGGAAGUGAAGUCUGAGGUGAAGGAAGUCGUGGGAAAGAAGAGGAAAGCUGGAGGUGGGAAUAAGAAGCAGGCGCGGAAAAGUACAUUGAAUGAAAAUGGAUAUGAAGUCAUCGAACUUAGUUCCAGUGAAGAAGAUGAUGAUGACGAGGAAGAAGGAAAUGGGGAAGUGACUAGAAAAAAGUUGAAGUCAGCUGACGGGACGGGUUCCCCAGUACCAUCUGGAAGUUUGUAUGGACGAGAGACUGUCAAAGUUCAACAGGGUCCCAAAAUACCAGACGCUCUGAAUUUUCAAAAUACUUUCAAAGUUUUGAACAAAGAUUGGUAUUUUGAUUCAGUGAGAGAGGGCAAGUUACUCCCAAUGGAUAACUACCUGAUAUAUGAAGGACGACGAAUAAUGGAACCACCGAAAAUCCUUUCAUCAGAUAUUCUGACUCGCGCAGCAGCCGAUAUUAAAAGCUACCCCAAUCCCAAAUACAAUCACUAUUAUCGACACCAACAAUCAAGCAAGCCACUGACCAGGCCUACCCUUCUCACACAAACCACCUCCGAACAUGACGAUCCCGAGCAUUAUCCACCCCUACCAGAAUACCUCAUAACACAUUAUUCAUGCGAACGACCCACUCCAUUGACAUCGCCAAACGAUGAUUUCCUCACUCAACUCCAAUCCAUCAAGUUAAAACGUACCCUAGACGGCGACCAAAUUGGCGUUCGCGCAUACAGUACCGCUAUUGCCUCAAUAGCAGCAUACCCCUAUGUCCUUACCUCACCCAAUGAAGUUAUCCGUCUCCCCGGAUGUGACCAAAAAAUUGCAAACCUCUUCCUUCAAUACCAAAACACAGGCACCAUAGAUGAAGUCGUCGAAUUUCAAAAUAAUCCACGCAUGGAAGUUCUUCGCCUCUUCCACAAUAUCUGGGGUGCAGGCGACGCCACCGCCCGCGAUUUCUACGAUAAGAGGGGCUGGCGCGAUCUCGACGAUGUCAUCGAAUAUGGCUGGGACAAACUAACACGCGUCCAACAAAUCGGCGUAAAAUACUACGAUGAAUUUCUGCUUCCGAUUCCCCGCGCUGAAGUCGAAGAAAUUAGUUUCAUUGUUCUUACUGAAGCGAGAAAAAUUGAUGAAGGGUAUCAAAUGGUUAUAGUAGGAGGAUACAGGAGAGGAAAGGAGAAUUGUGGAGAUGUGGAUCUUAUACUCACGCAUCCGGAUGAAAAAUUCACGUUUAAUUUUGUAUCGAGAUUAACCGAACGAUUGGAGGACGUAGGAUGGAUUACGAAUAUUUUAUUGAAAUCGACGCGGAAUUCGGAGAGAGGACAACAUGCGGUGGAUUUGAGUCGUGCGGAAGGUGAAAGGAGUCAUGGGGGUUUUGAUACGCUGGAUAAAGCUCUAGUCGUCUGGCAGGAUAUUAAUUUUCCCCAGCCCUCCCAAUCUCCCUCCCAACCCUCUAGAUCUCAAACUAAACCACCAAAAAUCAAAAAUCCAAAUAUUCACAGAAGAGUCGAUAUCAUUAUAAGUCCGUGGAAAACAGCAGGUGCGGCGAUUAUUGGUUGGUCUGGGGGCACAACUUUCCAGAGAGAUUUAAGGAAAUAUUUUAAAGAGAAGAAGAAUUGGAGGUUUGAUAGUAGUGGGAUUCGCGAUCGGAGGACGGGAGAGUGGAUUGAUUUAGAGGGGUGUGUGGAGGGGAGCGGGGAGGGAAAGUUGAGGGAAAAGGAGAUGGCGGUUUUUAGGGGCGUGGGUUUGCAGUGGAGGGAGCCGUGGGAGAGGUGUACGGGAUAUAAAAAUUGA